UCCAGCAGUGCUACACUGGGCACCCGACAAGACAGAGAGAGAGAGAGAAUGAGCAGCAAGUCUGGCAGACAGACCGGACCGAGCAACUGAACCCCAGCGCGGAGACAGCGCUCUGAAUUCAAAACCACCGAGGGAACAGGAGGGAGCAGCUUAGACAACAACAACAACAAAAAGACAAAACAGAAGUCGCAGCAGUUAAAGUUGACACUCACUUCCCUUGGAUACAUUUGGUAGUCAUGUAAUCUUUGCCUCGAAUGCACAGAGCCGUGUGCUGAGACAGCCGCUCCCGCAGCGAGGGGCAGAAAAACGUAACUUGGGGGGGGGGGAAAGAUGAAGUUGGCUGCGGUUCUGUUUCUGAGUGUUAUCUGUACAACGCUGAAGGUGCAGGAAAUAAUUUCACAGUCAGUGUGUGCCGGCACGGAGAAUAAGCUCAGCACGCUCUCUGACCUGGAGCAGCAGUAUCGAGCACUCCGGAAGAAUUAUGAAAAUUGUGAAGUUGUCAUGGGCAACCUGGAGAUCACGAACAUCGACCGAAACCGGGACCUGUCCUUCCUGCGGUCCAUCCGCGAAGUCACAGGAUACAUCCUUGCAGCCCUGAACCAGUUUGAGUAUCUGCCUUUGGAAAAUCUAAGAAUCAUUCGUGGGACAAAGUUGUACGAAGAACGAUAUGCACUCACGAUCCUGCUUAACUACAAGAAAGAUGGGGCCUUUGGAUUGAGGCAACUGGGCCUGCAGAACAUGACAGAAAUCCUGAAUGGCGGCAUCUAUAUUGACCAGAACAAAUUUCUCUGCUAUGUCAACACCAUUCAUUGGCAAGAUAUCGUGCGUGACCCACUCAGUACAGAUAUUAUCAUAGUUCCCACCAACACCACCGUGGAGUGUGGAAGAUGCCACAAGUCUUGCAAUGGCAGAUGCUGGGGACCAUCGGAGGAUCAGUGUCAGACCCUCACGAAGACGGUGUGCGCGCAGCAGUGUGAUGAGCGAUGCUUCAGCCCAUUUGUCAGCGAUUGCUGCCAUCGGGAAUGUGCGGGUGGCUGCUCAGGGCCAAAGGACACUGACUGCUUUGCCUGCACCAAUUUCAAUGACAGCGGAGCCUGUGUUAUUCAGUGUCCUCUGCCGUUCUUUUACAACACCAUAACUUUCCAGGUGGAACCAAAUCCCAACGCCAAGUAUACAUAUGGAGCGUUCUGUGUCAAGAAAUGCCCACAUAACUUUGUGGUGGACCACAGCUCUUGUGUACGAGCUUGCCCGAGCAAUAAGAUGGAAGUGGAAGAAAAUGGAAUCAAAGUGUGCAAACCCUGCACGGACAUUUGUCCCAAAGCUUGCGAUGGAAUUGGAACUGGAAGCUUGCAGAUGGCGAAAACCGUGGACUCGAGCAACAUCGACAAGUUUAUGAACUGCACCAAAAUCAAUGGAAACCUUAUAUUUCUCAUCACUGGCAUUGAAGGUGACCCGUAUCAUAAUAUCGCUGCUCUGGAUCCUGAAAAGCUGAAUGUUUUCCGUACAGUCCGAGAGAUAACAGGUUUUUUGAACAUUCAGUCGUGGCCAAGAAAUAUGACGGACUUCAAUGUGUUUGCUAACCUUGUGACAAUCGGGGGUCGAAGUCUUUACAGUGGGAUCUCACUGCUGAUUCUGAAACAACAGUGGAUAACAUCUCUUCACUUCCAGUCCCUGGUGGAAAUCAGUGCAGGCAAUGUGUAUGUGUCCGACAACCCCAACCUGUGCUAUUAUCACACUGUCAACUGGACCGUGCUGUUCAGAACCAGUUUACAGAAACCUGUUAUAAAGAACAACAGAAACUCUCAGAAUUGCACCUCUGACAGGAUGAUGUGUGACCCUCUGUGCUCUGAUGAUGGGUGCUGGGGUCCAGGCCCAAACCAGUGCCUGUCUUGCAGAUUCUUCCGUCGGGGCAGAACUUGCAUCGAAUCUUGCAACCUGUACGAAGGGGAUUUUCGAGAAUUCGCAAAUGGCACUGUCUGCAUGGAAUGUGAUGAGCAGUGUGAGAAAAUGGAUGAAGAUGUGUUAACAUGUCAUGGAACGGGCCCUGACCAUUGCACCAAGUGCUCCCACUUCAAGGACGGGCCCAACUGUGUGGAGAAGUGUCCCGAUGGACUUCACGGCGCCAGGGGCUUCAUCUUCAAGUAUGCUGACUCCAACCACGAGUGCCACCCUUGCCAUGCCAACUGCACCCAGGGGUGCACAGGCCCUCGUAUUAAGGACUGCAUCGAGAUGAUGGAUAGGACUCCUCUGAUUGCAGCUGGUGUAAUUGGCGGCCUCUUCAUCGUGGUCAUUCUGGCUCUGGUGUUUGCUGUCUACGUGAGGAGGAAACGCAUCAAGAAGAAACGGGCCAUGCGCCGGUUUUUGGAAACUGAGUUGGUGGAACCUCUCACCCCUAGUGGUGCUGCACCUAAUCAGGCGCAGCUUCGGAUCCUCAAGGAGACGGAACUGAAACGAAUCAAGAUUCUGGGUUCUGGUGCUUUUGGGACAGUCUACAAAGGCAUUUGGGUACCAGAGGGAGAGACGGUGAAGAUUCCUGUGGCCAUUAAGAUCCUCCGUGAGAGAACAGGUCCCAAGGCGAAUGUAGAAUUCAUGGACGAGGCUCUGAUAAUGGCCAGUAUGGACCAUCCACAUCUGGUUCGACUUUUGGGUGUUUGUCUCAGUCCCACAAUCCAGUUGGUCACACAGCUGAUGCCCCAUGGCUGCCUCCUGGACUACGUCCGUGAGCACAAGGAUAAUAUAGGAUCCCAGCUGCUUCUGAAUUGGUGUGUCCAGAUCGCAAAGGGAAUGAUGUACCUGGAGGAGAGGCGAUUGGUUCAUCGAGACUUGGCAGCAAGGAACGUCUUGGUAAAGUCACCGAAUCACAUUAAGAUCACGGACUUCGGCUUGGCCAGAUUGCUGGAUGUGGAUGAGAAAGAGUAUAAUGCAGAUGGUGGAAAGAUGCCAAUUAAGUGGAUGGCUUUGGAGUGUAUUCACUACCGGAAGUUUACCCAUCAAAGUGACGUGUGGAGCUACGGCGUCACUAUUUGGGAGUUGAUGACUUUUGGCGGGAAGCCGUACGAUGGGAUUCCAGCCCGUGAAAUACCAGACAUCUUGGAGAAAGGCGAGCGCCUUCCACAGCCUCCGAUCUGUACCAUCGAUGUCUACAUGGUGAUGGUGAAAUGCUGGAUGAUUGAUGCCGACAGCAGACCCAAGUUCAAAGAAUUGGCAGCGGAAUUCUCUCGGAUGGCUCGCGAUCCACAGAGGUACUUGGUAAUUCAGGGAGAUGACCAUAUGAAGCUGCCCAGCCCGAACGAUAGCAAAUUCUUCCAGAGCCUGCUGGACGAAGAGGAGCUUGAAGACAUGAUGGAUGCGGAGGAAUACCUGGUGCCACAGGCCUUCAACAUCCCACCACCAAUCUAUAGCUCAAGACCGAGGAUUGAUUCCAACAGGAGCCAAACAGGACACAGCCCUCCUCCUGCCUACACACCCAUGUCAGGCAAUCAGUUUGUAUACCGCGACGGGCUGUUCGGACCAGAGGAAGGGAUAUCCCUGCACAGCCGGCCACCCACCUGUGCCAGUUCUGCUACGUUGGAGGACCAGGGUGCUGCCUCAUCACUGGAGGUCUUCGACGAUGCCUGUUGCAACGGGACACUGAGGAAACAAGCGCCACGCCCGAGGGAGGACAGUGCCACCCAGCGAUACAGCGCAGACCCCACGGUCUUCCUGUCGGAACAUGGGCAGAGGGGUGAGCUGGACGAGGAUGGCUACAUGACUCCCAUUCAGGACAAAAAGUCAAAAGGGGUUAGUGAGCGAGUGAGUACAACCCAGGAGGAGCGAACACUUGCCAGACCAUCCAAGGCAGAAGCGAAGGUCAAACUAUCACGUGCAGAAUACCUGAACCCCGUGGAGGAGAACCCAUUUGUCACCCUUCGGAAGAAUGGUGACGUCCACGCUUUGGACAACCCAGAGUACCACAACGUCCCAGAGGGGCAACAGACCACCGAGGAUGAGUACGUGAACGAACCCCUCUAUCUCAACACUUUCGUCAACAUGGUCGAGAACCCAGAAUACCUGCAGGAUAAGAUCGCCAUUUCGGAAAAUGUUGACAAGGCCUUUGACAAUCCUGACUACUGGAACCACAAUUACCCCCCCAAAACCGCCAUUCACAACCCUGAGUAUCUGCAGGAGUACGGCACAAAGUUUUUUUACAAGCAGAAUGGACGCAUCAAGCCUAUUGUAGCAGAGAACCCAGAAUAUCUCUCGGAGUUCUCACUAAAGCCAGGAACAGUACUGCCUUCAUACGGACAGCGGAAUACAGUGGUGUAACCCUCACAGCACUCAGGAAUCCGGCCUUGCUGGAUUUCCUCAUCAAACCACAAACUUGUAUCCUCAAUAUUGACUGGAAGGAGUGUGUCUGAGGCAAUAGUACUGGUGUCUGAAUGGAAGGAAAGUUCUAUUUGCUAGAAUUGAAUCCUGGUCCGUUUGGCCUUUUCCUAAACGGCACCUGUUUUCAAAGCAAUAUGGUUAUAACCAGCAAAAUGAAGGAUUCCUGUGGAAAUGCCAAAAAUGUAGCUUACUGGGAUUGACCUUUCAUACUGCCCUUCAAUAAGAUGCCCUGGAAGGUUACAUUCAUGGAUCAAAGUGCAAUGACCUCUGAAAUUCUCCUGCCACUGUGAGAGGGGAAGUGAGGAUUGAAGGGAGCAGGGUGAGGGGCUGGUGCUGCAGGAAUCCUUGGAGAAGGGUGGUCCGACAUAAUGUAACCUGCCAGCCAGCACGCACAUUGACUGAUCUGGUCAAUCCAUCUGCACAAACACGUAAAUCUGUUUCUUUGAGGUGCAACUGCACUGGUUCACCUUGAAUGUUUUGAAUUGGUAUCUGGGUAUAAAAUGCAUCAGCAGCUGUAACUGGCACCCCUUGCAGGCAGCUGCUUCAGCAGUGGGCUGCAGCGAGGGGGUGUUGGAGGGUGGAUAUGAGCCUGGAACAAAAUUGGAGGCAGG